GCGUGUGAGUCAUAUGCAGAAGGAACCGCUGGAAGGAUGAAGUGGGCAGGGCUUGUCCCAGCACCAACGCUGGGCCCUAUGCAUUGAGGUCAGAGUCGGCGGGACUGAUUCAAGCUCUGGAUUUGUCCCAUUGUCCCUUUGCCGUCUGGUAUGGACUCCCUAAGGUACCCAGAGGAAACUGUACUCAUAACGGGAGGAAGCGGAUAUUUUGGCUUCCGCCUCGGCUGUGCUCUGAACCAGAGAGGACUCCGUGUGGUUCUGUUUGACAUCAGCCAACCUGCCCAGAACCUUCCAGAGGGGAUCACGUUCGUCCGUGGAGACAUCCGUUGCCUCUCGGACGUGGAGACAGCCUUCCAGGACAAUGAGAUUGCGUGUGUGUUUCAUGUCGCCUCUUAUGGGAUGUCUGGAAGGGAGCAACUGAACAGUACCCUAAUUGAAGCAGUCAAUGUGGGUGGUACCAACAACAUCAUCCAGGCCUGUCUGGAGAGAGGAGUGCCCAGGUUAGUUUACACAAGCACGUUCAAUGUCAUCUUCGGAGGUCAAGUCAUCAGAAACGGGGAUGAAUCUCUGCCCUACCUGCCUCUUCACCAGCACCCAGAUCACUAUUCCCGAACCAAAUCCAUUGCAGAGAAGAAGGUGCUGAAAGCCAAUGGCUCGGCCUUCAAGCAAGGCAAUGGUGUCCUCAGAACCUGUGCACUAAGGCCAGCCGGCAUCUACGGGACGGGAGAGCAAAGACACCUUCCCAGGAUAGUGAGUUACAUCGAGAGGGGCCUGUUCAGAUUUGUGUACGGGGAUCCCGAUAGCCUGGCUGAGUUUGUUCAUGUGGAUAACCUGGUGCAAGCUCACAUCCUGGCCUCCGAGGCUCUGAGAGCUGAUAAGGGUCAUGUUGCCUCUGGGCAGCCCUACUUCAUCUCAGAUGGUAGACCAGUGAAUAGCUUUGAAUUUUUUCGGCCCCUGGUUGAGGGCCUAGGCUACACAUUCCCAUCCACCCGCCUGCCCCUCACCCUCAUCUACGGCCUUGCUUUCCUAAUAGAGAUAGCCCACUUCAUUCUGGGCAGGUUCUACAACUUCCAGCCUUUCCUCACCCGAACGGAGGUUUAUAAAACGGGUGUCACGCAUUACUUCAGCUUAGAGAAAGCCAAGAAAGAGCUAGGCUAUGAGCCUCAGGUGUUCGACCUGCAGGAGGUGGUAGAGUGGUUUAAAGACCAUGGCCACGGUAGAAGGUCUGGAGGUCAAGACUCAGAGUUUAUUCUGUGGGACGGAAUUCUGGUCCUACUCUUGGCGCUAUCUCUUCUGACCUGGCUCCCUCCUUCUACGGUUCUGUCAGUGUGAAGAGAAACUACACGCAGGAGGUGAGCCUACUCUCUGGGAUGGUUUUCAAGGAUGCAGGCUUUUAAAGAUGUUUCGCAUUAUUUGCUACCACUCCUGGGUCUUCAAAUUACUCCUUAACAAUGAAUCUUUAAACCCCAUGGCCAGGGAUGGGCUACCUCCUUAUGAACUAUUGGUCAGGGAUGCCCCUAAUGUUUCCAAAACAAUGUUGGCUGUUGCCAAUGCUCUCGGCUGACCACCAGAACUAGAUGGUAAGGCCCUAUUGCAGAAGGCACCAUACUCUUUAACUGCAACACAAGCUGGAACUGCUUGCUAAAUUUCAUGGUGCCAGAAGGUUCUGUGCAGACUGCUGGAGGAGAACAGUAGCUCGGCUAUAGACCGUGCCUACUGCAAUACCAAUGACAGGCAGGGUGUAACCUUUGGUGCAAUAGUGGCAUUCUAUUAGGGGACUAACCACUACUUUCUAAUUGGAUUGGAGACCUGCUCCAUGGGAGGGGCAUUGCUCCUGGUGCUGUAAACCUGUCCAGAAACUCAUAAAAAGGUCAUACAGCCAAGUGGGGCCCACUACUGUUAUUCUGCUAGGUAGAGAAGUUGUGUCCAUAAAACUGAUUUCUAUAGGUUUAGGUUUAUACCCAUAGGUUAGGGCUGCUCUUAGCUGGGAUCAGAGAAGUUUCUCUCUGUAGUGAUCAGCAGUUCAUACCCGGUCAAAGUGCCUAGGAGAAGUGAGUGUUGAAUGCUCAUCCAUAGACAGGACAUCUGUAUCACCCCCUCCAAGUCUCAGGGGACUCAGUCGCAAGAGCAGUGGAAAGAAUACAAAGUCUGGAAGAAGGGGAGGAGCCUUGGAGUCUGUUUUCCAAGAGUGACAUGACCUCUGUCCUCAGAACUAACGGUAGCUACGACUGCCUUUUCUAGACUGCGCAAGAUAGGGCCUGUCACCAUUUUUCCAUGGGAGGGAGAAGAGCUGAGUGCCACUGGCAGUUUCUGGGGAGAGAGAGAGACUUUCUCUAGUAGUAUAGUCGUGGCUAAGUUACCCUGUGCUCCUGUGAGCAGUCCUAAUAAAACUCAUUGGGACACACACACACAGAAACAGAGAGAGAGAGACAGAGACAGAGAGAAACAGACAGAGAAAGAGACAGAGACACAGACAGACAGACAGACAGACAGACAGAGAUGGUUUAGAAUGGAAUCUAGGAAGGAAGAGGGAAGAAAUCAAUGGGAGUGGGACCAAAGAGGGUAUGGGAAGGGGUGAAGAUGAUCAAGCUACACUUUAUACAUGUAUAAAACUGUCAUAAUGAAACUGUCAUAUAUAAUACAUGCUAAUAAAAAAGGGAAAAGGUGGA